AUGCACAGAAUACUGAAAAAGAAUCCUGUCAAUUCUCAAGAGCCAAAUAUAACAAGGAACCCAGAAAAUGAAUCCCAGUUGCAAAGAAUGAAUAGAAUGGGAAAUCAGCAACAACAGCAAGCAAUGUCUGCAACUGGUCAAGCAGCUAAUGCAAUGAAUCGGCCAUCUGGAAAGCAGGUGCCAUUUGCUCUAUUGUUUCCUGUUAUAGAACCACAACUUGAUAAAGACAGGGCUAUGCAACUCCAGGGUCUAUAUGUGCGAUUAAGGAACAAUAAUAUUAACAAAGAAGAAUUCAUCCGACACAUGCGUAGUCUUGUAGAUGCUAGUAAGCAAGAUAGGGAUCAACAGCCAUUUCCACCACUACAAGGACCCUUCAAACAACAACAACAACAACAUAUGCAGUUUCCACAACCUCCUUUUCCAAAUUAUGGAAACCCUAGAGGAAACUUUCACCCAGGGUCUAGUCCAAAUAUGAAUAUGACCUCACAAUCUUUUAAACCACAAAGCCAUGAUUUACAAAUGAGGCAAGGUCCAGUUCAUCAUCAGGUAGGAGGAAUUGGGAAUCCAAUGAGUCAAAAUGCAUUUAAUGACAUGAAGAGAAUGCAUGGAGGAAAUCUGUCCCAUUUAGCCCACUCGCAAUCAUCAAUGCAUAAAGACCACAUGUUAAUGUCUGGGAAGCAGUUUAAGAUUCUUAACAGGAAGCUUAACUCGCUUUUACAACUUCAAGCUGAUGCAAGAGGUCGAAAUAUGUUUUCUGGCAUUGAGGUGGAUGUGAUGUUAAAAGCUCAAGAACAUCGUUUACAGAACAAGCUUGAUCAGAUGAAUAAGUGUAAUAAGUUGAGAGUCAAAGCUCAAUCUGAUUCAUUUAAUGGUGAACUAAAGGAGUUGAAAGCUGUUGCGAAGGAACGCCAUGCUCUUUUUGUUCAAGAUGUAAAAAACAGUUCGUGA